ACCAUGCAAUGACACGACGGCUCCAAGCCACCGAGACGCACGAAGUCCAGCAAGCGGAACAGCAGCGUCUCUUCUCCGCCAGGGCUGACCGCCGCCAACCUCCUUCCGCUGGCCUUCUCCUCUGCCUGUGCCUUUAACGCAAAGCGAAAGCAGCGCUGCCAUUGGCGGAUACAAAUAACAACAACAGCCACAGCCGUCCCUGGCGUAGGCCGUGUAGCUUCGCACCCUUUCCCUUGGCAUCGCCUGCCAGGCGCGCGAGAAGUCUUCGCCGUCUCUUCCGCGAGACAUUUUUGGGCACCUGUCAACAUCCAGCCCGGAUCCGGGCCCUCCAUUUGGAGCAAUCUGCUGAAGUUCAUGGGGCCAUGGGCAGAAAGCGGCUCAUCACAGACUCUUUCCAAGUGGUAAGGAAGAAGAAAAGGGAUAGCAAGGAAGUAAAGGCUCAGAGCCCUCCCUGUGAUGCAGAGACAAUCCAGGUAGAAGCCCUCCUGCAAGAGGCUGUGCAGCCAGAACAGGCAGAGGUGUUGAAACAGUUUGAUCUCAGCUGGGAAUUUGGGCCCUGCACUGGAAUCACUCGCUUGCAGCGUUGGGAGCGAGCAGAAUUGCUGGGGCUCAGUCCCCCCACCACAGUGCGAGAGCUACUGCUAAAGUACAAGGGGAAUCCCACAGUUAUGCACAGCUUGUGGCAUGAAUAUUCACUCUGAGAAGAACAACUGGCAAUACCUCUGGCCAAGAAGGAGCCCCUGCUGCUUUGAAGUGGUUGCCAAUUCAAUAAUUCCUUCAUUCCUUUAACACAAGUAACUUUAGUAGGAAAAAACAGCCCUGGGAAGAUGCUGAGGAGUUCACAAAGGCCUAGCCCAGCUGGCUCCUGCAGAGAGAGUUGUGACUCCAAGUUGCCAGCGACCAGCAUGGAGAUUUCCCUUGAAAUUUCUGUUUUCACAUGGCUACAAAAAUAAAAGUUUGUUAAGAGACAGAAAGAACAUGGAAGUAGUCUGUGCCAAAUAAAGGUAAUGAUUGAUUUGUGCCAA